CUAUGUAGUCAGACUAACACUCUGAUCAUCAAAGACUCACACGCUCUUCUAUUAAUGGCUACCUCUUCUGCACACUGAAACCAAAAAGAGACAAAAUAUUAAAAAUAUAUAAUUAAUAUUAAAAAGUAAAUAAUAGUAAUGAUAAUAACACUCCAUUGUUGUUGUUGUUGUUAUUAUUACUUGUUUCUAUUCUCGUAGCCAAAAAUAAAUUCUAUUUCAAGGCACCAUCCUCAGAGGAAGAGUUUGAGAGCAGAGUGAGCUGAGCUGAGCUGAGAGAUAUCGCUGUUUCGAAGAACCAAAGAGAAGAUUUUGGGUUAGCAGAGAUUUUCAAUGGAGGAGAGACCUGAGACUGAGCUGAUAUCCAUUCCGGCGACACCGCGUGGAGUGUCGACGCCGGAGAUUCAGACUCCAACUGGGCAGAGGUCGCCGAGGCCGGCUUCGAAGGAGGCGAAGUCGUCGACGGCGUGGACACCGACGUCGUUCAUAUCGCCGCGGUUUCUUAGCCCAAUAGGGACUCCCAUGAAGAGGGUUCUGAUAAACAUGAAGGGUUACUUGGAGGAGGUUGGCCACCUCACGAAACUCAAUCCUCAGGACGCUUGGCUUCCCAUAACGGAGUCCAGAAAUGGGAAUGCUCACUACGCUGCGUUUCACAACCUCAAUGCUGGUGUUGGUUUCCAGGCUCUACUUCUUCCCGUUGCCUUUGCUUUUCUUGGCUGGAGUUGGGGAAUACUUUCUUUGACCAUAGCCUACUGUUGGCAACUUUACACGUUGUGGGUUUUGGUUCAGCUACAUGAAGCAGUUCCAGGAAAGAGGUACAACAGAUAUGUGGAACUGGCACAAGCUGCAUUUGGGGAAAGAUUAGGCGUUUGGCUGGCUCUUUUCCCCACUGUUUACUUAUCAGCUGGUACUGCAACGGCUUUGAUUCUCAUCGGAGGAGAGACCAUGAAACUAUUUUUCCAGAUAGUUUGUGGGCCGCUCUGUACAUCGAAUCCCUUAACCACAGUGGAGUGGUAUCUGGUGUUCACUUCUCUGUGCAUUGUCCUGUCUCAGCUCCCAAACCUUAACUCAAUUGCAGGGCUGUCACUUGUCGGGGCUGUUACAGCCAUAACUUACUCUACAAUGGUUUGGGUGCUCUCUGUGAGCCAACAAAGGCCACCAAGACUCUCUUACGAACCUUUGUCAAUGCCAUCGUUCUCUGCUUCAGUAUUUUCGGUUUUAAACGCUCUUGGAAUUGUUGCCUUUGCAUUCAGAGGGCACAAUCUGGCUUUGGAGAUUCAGGCAACAAUGCCAUCUACAUUUAAGCAUCCAGCUCAUGUACCUAUGUGGAGAGGAGCCAAAGUUGCUUAUUUCUUCAUUGCCUUGUGCUUGUUCCCUGUUGCCAUUGGAGGCUUCUGGGCCUAUGGGAACCUUAUGCCUUCUGGUGGAAUUCUCAAUGCCUUGUAUGGUUUCCACAGCCAUGACAUCGCGAGAGGGCUUCUGGCAAUGACAUUUCUAUUAGUCGUGUUCAAUUGCUUGAGCAGUUUUCAAAUAUACUCCAUGCCUGUCUUUGACAGCUUUGAAGCUGGCUACACCAGCCGCACCAACCGCCCCUGCUCGAUAUGGGUUCGGUCUGGUUUCCGAGUCUUUUAUGGUUUUGUCUCCUUCUUCAUAGGGGUGGCACUCCCAUUCCUCUCCAGCUUGGCUGGUCUUCUGGGAGGACUAACACUUCCAGUCACAUUUGCAUACCCUUGCUUCAUGUGGGUUCUGAUAAAAAAGCCUACAAAGUACAGCUUCAACUGGUAUUUUAAUUGGAUUCUUGGUUGGUUGGGGAUCGCAUUCAGCUUAGCAUUUUCCAUUGGAGGUGUAUGGAGUAUGGUGAACAGUGGACUCAAGUUGAAAUUCUUCAAACCCAGUUAAAAUGUCUAGGAGGGCAGGUGAGCUGAAUGGUGCCAAGUGUUGUUAUAGGAACUAAACAAUAUGUAUUCAAUUUUGCUGCAAAUUUAAUACGGCGUGUACCUCAUUAUAUAUAAAUUAAUAUGUUCCAUACAUGGCACAUAUGUUGAAUGUUGUGAUAGUAAAUUCAAUCCUGUACUGCCUCUGUAAUAUCACUUCCUCUCUCUCUCUCUCUCCCUUAAAUGAAGAAAGACAAGUAUCACUGUUAGUUUGUCAA